GGGUUAUUAGAGAACUUAUCGCGUUUAGCGUGUUGAAUGUAGGCCUCGACUGCAACGGCCAUUGCCAGGCCGUCACAUUCCUGACUGCCGUUAUCAGGGCCUCCCAUACGUGUACACAACCCACGGAUACUGUUGCUCGGCAGUCCGUAGGUGCCUUGGUUUUGUCUUGCGAUGUUGGCACUUGCAAGGCAGGCACGCCGCGCACUCAGGUCUCCCUUCGUCUGCACAUCAUGCCGUGCCCUGCUUGCCAGCCGCGCGCCGCUGCCGUUGCCUGGCGCCAUCGUAACGUGCUAUGCAGUCCGUCACCAUUCUAGUUCCGGUUCGAAUGCUCAAACGCCCAGCGAACCGCUUGACUCGCAGGCGGAACAAUCACCGGAGAACCGACGCAAGUUCCGAAGAAAACGAAAAUUCAAGGGCUUCACGCAAUCACAAGAGGCGAAGGACGGACUGCAGGCGUUGCAAUCAUCGGGACAGCAAAACGACUCAGAGCAGCAUCAAAUUUCGCAGCCACUGUCGCAGUCACAGGAGCAAACCGACAAGACCGACAAGAACGAGAAGAAUGACGAAACCGACAGUAACGACAAGUCCAACAAGAACGACAAGUCUAAGAAGCCCGAAGAGAGUUCUUCUGGGCGAAGUGAGAAGAAGAUUCGCGUGAGGAUGUCGUCGAGAAGAAUACACCUGUGGAAGGAAACUCUCCAGGUGUUGAAAAAUUUGCAGGCUCAGCAACAGGCGUUGGCUGCUGCCCAAUCCUCCGUUGCUGCCAGAGACUCCCAGUCAUCUGACUCUGCUGAUGCCGGCUCUGCUGGCUCCGAUGCCCUCUCCAAUAAGGGGGCGAGCGGCCGGCUCGAACGCAACGGGUCGGUAUCCCCGGUUUCCACCCCCCUUGGUAGCGACCCGUUCCGUGAGGCAAAGCUGCUCGAGGGCGCCUUGGCUGUACUCAGACGAGUCCUUCAUCAGGAAGCCCAACUUUCACUGCCCACGGGAACCGAGGCAACAAGCUCCCUGGACUCUGAAAACCCAGCUGGAGACGCUAAACCAGCCCUCAAGUCCCCCGAGCCCGGACCUACAGCCGACAGUCCGGCGCCUCCCCCCUUAAAGCCUUAUCAGCAGCUCAGGGACUCGAAUGACAAUCGCCACUUGGAGCGUUUCGUUGUCGAGUCCGUCGAUUCCUCCAAACUCGAGUUGACACCCGUAAAGAAGCCGCAACCCCCUGUACCAAGAUUGGCCCAUGGUCUGGACCGCGUGCUCUUCAACCCGGGCGUCUACUUUAUGCAGGAUCCCCGGUCUCGAGUAUAUAACUUCGACCCCUAUCUCGCUCGCAUCAUGCCCGUCAAAGAGUUUGACUUUAACGCGCUCAAGCGGUAUAUCACGUCAUCCAAGGAUACCACGCUCAUAAAAACGGCCACUGAGCUCGCCAAGAAGUACACCGGCUCGACAUCGAGUAUGACCUCGACAUUGUCUCAUUUCCAUUACCUGCUCUCUGCCUGGCGUCCCAUCAACCCCUGCAUGAUGUCUCGUGAAUUCCAGAUCGAGUCGUUCAACUAUACCCGUAUCAUGCGUGCCCCGGCCGCCACAUUCCUCCAUUGGAAGGAUGGGACUUAUGCCAUCGAUGCCGACAAGGAAUUUGACUCUGCAAACAUUCUGAGCAUGCUGGGCAAGUCGAUGGAGAAAUUCCUGACCUUACCCAAGCAAGACUUCGAAAAGUACAGAAAAACUAAGUCGGACCAACUAACCGACGAGGAGCGUAGUGGGCCCGAGUCCUAUCACUACACGACUAUGGGCGAUUUCAUGAUGCGCUCUCAACUUGAUGCUUUCGACCCCAGACUAUCGGGGACCGGCAUGUUUGACCUCAAAACCCGGGCGGUCGUCUCGAUUCGUAUGGACACGCAGAACAUCCAUCAUGGCCUCGGCUACGAGAUUCGAGAUCGCUUUGGCCAGUGGGAAUCCUUUGAGCGCGAGUAUUACGACAUGAUUCGGUCCGCUUUCUUGAAGUACUCGCUCCAAGUCCGCAUGGGCCGCAUGGAUGGUAUCUUUGUCGCUUUCCACAACACAGAACGCAUCUUCGGCUUCCAGUACAUCGAUCUCCCGGAGAUGGACUUAUCCUUACACGGCCAGAAGGAGAGGAAUCUAGGCGACCGCGAAUUCAAACUGAGUCUCCAUCUGCUCAAUAAGGUUCUGGAUAAAGUAACGGCGAAGUUUCCCGGAAAAACUCUCCGCCUCCACUUUGAGACGAGACCUGGCGACCCUCCCUUCAUGUACAUAUUCGCCAAACCUGUGACGCCAAAGGAGAUUGAAGACGUUCAGGGGGCAACCCAGGCCGCAGUUGAGAAGUUUGAGCGUCGUAUGAUGGGCGUCACACCGGGCCCGGAACCAGGGCUAGAUGAGGAGGACGGUGGCGAGGACGAUGGGGGUGAAGGGGCAGUGGAAGAAACUAUAGAAGAAAGCGGAACUGAGGAAGAAACGAGCCUUGCUGUCUGGGAAGACGUGAUGCGCAAGGUUGAACAUGCCUUGGAGAACGAGGAACAGGGCGUGAUGUCCGUCCGUGAAGCCAUUGAGUAUGCCCUAAAACAAAGCGGCCUUCUCGAGAGCAGCUCUCCGGAUGAGACGGAGCGUUCUGUAGAUGCUUUCCUUGACGCCUUGACAGGCAAUUCCGGGUCUAUCACGCCGGAAGACCAGGCACCAUAUAUUAUCGGGCGAGAUCAACUCGUUGGUGGAGAAGGUGUUCUGGACAAGUCCAAGGAAUACGAGACAGCCGCGCGCACCGCACAGGGUGCCAGCGACACCGGUGGAGAGCACAAACCGCAGCUACCGGCAGCAGAUGGUCCGUCGAAUAAGGAGCCGACCCUGAAGGGCUUGAUCCUUCGGCUGGCAUCUCAGUUCAGAAACAUGCCAAAUGAGCAACGGGCCUUGUCCGGCCGGAGCGAGACUCAAGCGCAGGAGGACGUGCACGCAGAUACACAGAGGCUUCACAGCGCUGUAAAGAUCCUGUCGGAGCUCAUAGUGCAAUCCAGGGAGCCAGAGGACGCCGCGAAGCACGAAGGAAACGAUGUUAUUGAAACCGGCUCUCUGUCUGUGGAAGGGGGCAUGGAGGCCAAAAAGGUAUCCGAAACGUCUGCACCAAAAGCGGCAGAGACUUCAAACGGGGAAUCCGCUGAAAACGACGAGUUAUACGGCCUCAUUCUUACCAUAAGAAACAAGGUUGACAACGAGUAUGUGAACCGCCCUGAGAACCUAGGUCGCAACCAGCGCUGGGUAGUCGAAUACGCGAUGGAGGAAAUCCAGCCGACCAGGCGUGGGAGGCUGUACAAUAUGCUUCUUUCGCGCCGAAAAAGGCUUCUUGAUCCCAGCGACAAUACGGAUGACAAGUGGCUCAAUCCCUAUCUCCAAAACCUGGCGGAGUUGAGCCAAAAGGGCCGUUCGUUUCGCAACCGCGAAAAUGCGCGGGCCAAGACCUACCCGGUCCAGGUGUACGGUUCCGAGGAGCCCUAUAGUUAUGAAUCCGUGUUUAAGGGCGGUGGAACAAGGCCAUACAAAGUGUGGGAACCAGAAAGAGCGAGUAAAGCCGCCAGAAGGAAGGCAUCCCCCAGCCAACAGGACAAGGAUGGUGAUGAUAACAUGGCAGUUGAGAAUACCAAGGAGAACGUGGAUGAGGCCAGACCAACGGGCUCGCGAGCUUCUCGAGCUUCUCGACGCAGAGCCAAGAGGCGGUCAGCGCGGGAGGAGGACAAGGACAGUAAGGAGCUCAGUGGCAAUGAAAAGGCCGAGUUUAGCAAGGAAACUGGGGACUAGAAGGACUAUAGACCAAAGCGAUCUGGCAUGAUAGUUGUUCUCAUACCUGUGCUGGUUGGAAGCCUCCUAUAGAUCUGUACCAUCUUUGUAACAACAAGCCUACAGUCACAAGUUAC